CAACAAUAAAGAAUAGUGAUUCUCGGCUUAAAAAGCCUGAUUUUGCGCUUUUGAGAUUUGGGCACCGAUAUUGUAUAAGCAUUGGCUCCUAUAAAUGGCCAUGCAAUUGUUGAAUUAUACCUAAGUAAUAAAAAAGCAAUCAAGUAAGCAAGAUUCAAUGGCAAAGGCAAACAUUCUCUUGAUUUUCUUGUGUUCACUGGUGUUGCUACUGCUUGGGGGUGUUAGAGUGGAAGGAAAUCCGAAUUACAGAGAUGCACUUCAAAAAUCCUUUCUCUUCUUCCAAGGCCAGAGAUCAGGCAAGCUGCCUGCCAAUCAGAAAGUUUCAUGGAGGUCCAACUCUGGUCUUUCUGAUGGCUCCCUUGACCAUGUAGAUUUGACUGGUGGCUACUACGAUGCUGGAGACAAUGUGAAAUUUAACUUCCCAAUGGCAUUCACCACCACAAUGCUUUCAUGGGGUACACUUGAAUAUGGAAAGAGAAUGGGUCCCCAGUUACAAGAGGCAAGGGCAGCUAUACGUUGGGCGACUGACUAUCUCCUCAAAUGUGCCAAUUCCAAGCCCGGAAAGCUCUAUGUAGGUGUGGGUGACCCCAAUGUGGAUCACAAGUGCUGGGAGCGGCCUGAGGACAUGGACACUGUUCGAACUGUGUACUCUGUCUCAUCAAGCAACCCUGGCUCUGAUGUUGCUGGUGAAACGGCUGCGGCAUUGGCAGCUGCCUCCUUAGUUUUCCGAAGGGUGGAUCCAAAAUACUCGAGGUUGUUGCUGCAAACAGCAAGGAAAGUUAUGGCGUUUGCUAUCCAAUAUCGUGGUGCUUACAGUGACUCACUUGGAUCAGCAGUCUGCCCGUUUUACUGCUCAUAUUCUGGAUAUAAGGAUGAGUUGCUCUGGGGUGCAGCAUGGUUGUUUAGAGCAACGAAUGAUGCUUAUUACUAUAAUUUCUUGAAAACAUUGGGAGCUGAUGAUCAACCUGACAUCUUCAGCUGGGAUAACAAAUAUGCUGGUGCUCAUGUUCUUCUAUCCAGGAUGGCAUUGUUGGGCAAAGAUAAAAAUUUCGAGCAAUUCAAACAAGAAGCUGAAAGCUUUAUGUGUAGGAUCUUACCCAAUUCUCCUUAUUCAACUACCCAAUACACACAAGGUGGUCUUAUGUACAAGUUACCUGAAAGCAAUCUUCAAUAUGUAACAUCCAUAUCAUUUCUACUUACCACAUAUGGCAAGUACAUGAAAGCUAAAAAGCAGACAUUUAACUGUGGCAGCCUCUUCGUCACUCCAAAUUCACUAAUCGGACUUGCAAAAAGACAGGUGGAUUAUAUACUAGGAGAGAAUCCAAUAAAAAUGUCGUACAUGGUUGGGUUUGGUCGGAAUUUCCCCAAGAGAAUUCACCACAGGGGUUCUUCAUUGCCGUCGUUGGCAAAACACCGUCAAAGCAUUGGAUGCGACGGUGGUUUCCAGCCAUACUUCUACUCAUCGAACCCCAAUCCCAACGUGUUGGUUGGAGCUAUUGUUGGAGGUCCAAAUCAGAAUGAUGGAUUCCCAGAUGAUCGAUCUGAUUAUUCACAUUCUGAGCCUUCUACUUACAUCACUGCUGCCUUGGUUGGACCAUUAGCAUAUUUUUCUCAUUAAGAUGUAAAUUGUUUGUGGAAUCAAUCUAAAUCUCUCAAAUGAUUGAUUAUAGUUGGGACAAAUGUUUAAAGUUAAAUAUAACGCUCUGUUUAUACUCA